AUGCACGUCGCCGGGCCGCUGUCGUCGAGAUGGACGGCCUACCUCGGCCUGCUAUCUGCGCUUUCGGCAGCAUUUGCCCCUGCAGUCGCUGUCAAGGAGCACGACUUUAAAAAGUGUCACCAGUCCGGCUUCUGCAAGCGUAACCGGGCAUUCGCAGACCACGCCCUCGGCUCGGGCUCAUGGGAAUCGCCAUACAAUAUCGCGGUCGACUCCGGGUCUUUCAAUAAUGGCCAGUACCAGGCCGUAAUUGUGAAGACCAUCAAUGACAGCGGCGAGACCGUCCGGCUGCCUAUCACCGUAUCCUUCCUCGAAUCCGGGACGGCGCGGGUCACAGUCGACGAGGAGAAGCGCCAAAAGGGGGAGAUUGAGUUGCGCCAUGACAGCAAGACGAGGAAAGAGCGUUAUAACGAGGCGGAACAAUGGGCGAUUGUUGGAGGACUGACUCUUGACAAGGCCGCCAAGGUCGAUUUUCAGGACAAGACGCAGCUUACCGUCAAGUACGGCCCGGCUUCCAAGUUCGAGGCCAUCAUCAAGCUUUCUCCGUUCAGCAUCGACUUCAAGCGGGAUGGCGCCAGCCAGAUCAAGUUCAACGACCAGGGCCUUUUGAACGUUGAGCACUGGAGGCCAAAGAUUGAAAAGCCCGAACCCGAAAAGAAGGAGGGCGAGGAGGACAAGGCAGAGGAGACAAAGGAGGAGGAGCCCAAGGGCGAGGAUGAAUCUACGUGGUGGGAUGAGACUUUUGGUGGAAACACCGACACCAAGCCCCGCGGCCCGGAGAGUGUUGGGCUUGACAUCUCGUUCGUUGGGUACGAGCAUGUCUACGGCAUCCCGUCACACGCUAGCUCCCUUUCGCUCAAGCAGACCCGCGGCGGCGAGGGCAACUACGAGGAGCCGUACAGGAUGUACAACGCCGAUGUUUUCGAGUACAUCCUCGACAGCCCCAUGACCCUCUACGGCUCCAUUCCCUUCAUGCAGGCCCACCGCAAGGAUUCCAGCGUUGGCGUCUUUUGGUUGAACGCCGCUGAGACGUGGGUUGACAUCACCAAGGGCAAAGACGCCAAGAAUCCUCUUUCUCUGGGCAGCAAGUCAAAUACCAACACGCACACGCACUGGUUUUCCGAGAGCGGCCUGCUGGACGUGUUUGUCUUGCUUGGCCCUACGCCCAAGGACUUGACCGCCAAGUACGGGGAGCUCACCGGCACCACGGCUAUGCCCCAGGAGUUCUCUCUUGGCUACCACCAGUGCCGCUGGAACUACGUCUCGGACGACGAUGUCAAGGAUGUGGAUCGCAAGAUGGACAAGGCCAAGCUGCCCUACGACGUUAUCUGGCUCGAUAUCGAGUACACCGACGAGAAGAAGUAUUUCACCUGGGACAAGCACAUGUUCGCAGAUCCCAUCGGUAUGGGCAAGCAGCUGGACACCCAUGGCCGGAAGCUGGUGACCAUUAUUGACCCGCACAUCAAGAACGUCGACAAGUACCCUGUCGUGGCCGAGUUGAAGUCUAAGGAGUUCGGCGUCAUGAACAAGGAGGGCAACCUCUUCGAGGGCUGGUGCUGGCCCGGUUCGUCGCACUGGAUUGACGCGUUCAGCCCUGCUGCGCGCGAGUGGUGGUCGUCGCUCUUCAAGUACGACACAUUCAAGGGUACCAUGGAGAACACGUGGAUUUGGAACGACAUGAACGAGCCUUCUGUCUUCAACGGGCCCGAGACAACCAUGCCCAAGGACAACCUCCACAUCGGAAACUGGGAGCACCGUGACGUGCACAACCUGAACGGCAUGACGUUCCAGAACGCCACCUACCAUGCCCUCAUCACCCGGAAGCCCGGCGAGCUCCGCCGCCCGUUCGUGCUGACCCGCUCGUUCUUCGCCGGCUCGCAGCGCGUCGGCGCCAUGUGGACGGGCGACAACCAAGCCGAAUGGGGUCACCUCAAGGCGUCGAUCCCCAUGGUCCUCAGCCAAGGCAUCGCCGGGUUCCCCUUUUCGGGCGCCGACGUCGGUGGCUUCUUCGGCAACCCCGGGAAGGAGCUGCUGACGCGAUGGUACCAAGCCGGUGCCUUCUACCCCUUCUUCCGCGCGCACGCGCACAUUGACGCGCGCCGGCGUGAGCCGUACCUUGCCGGUGAGCCCUACACGACCAUCAUCGGGGGCGCACUCCGCCUGCGCUACAGCCUGCUGCCGUCGUGGUACACGGCCUUCCGGCAGGCUCACCUCGACGGCACGCCCGUCGUCAAGCCCAUGUUUUACACGCACCCGUCUGAAGAGGCCGGCCUCGCCCUCGACGACCAGUUCUUCGUCGGCAACACGGGCCUGCUCGUCAAGCCCGUCACCGAGGAGGGCAAGACCUCGGUCGACAUCUGGAUCCCUGACGCCGAGGUCUACUACGACUACUUCACCUACGACAUCACCCCCACCACCAAGGGCAAGAGCACCACGCUGGAGGCGCCCCUAGAGAAGAUCCCGCUCCUGAUGCGCGGCGGGCACAUCUUUGCGCGGCGCGACGUCCCCCGCCGAUCGACGCAGCUCAUGCGCUGGGACGACUACACGCUUGUCGUGACCGUUCCCCGCGACGCCAAGGCCCCCGCCGCCGAGGGCGACCUGUACGUCGACGACGGCGACUCGUUCGACUUCCAGCACGGCCAGUACAUCCACCGCCGCUUCGUCUUUGACGGCCGCGCCGGCAGCCUCGUCUCGGUCGAUGCCGAGGGCCGUGACCCCGCCGCCGUGGCCGAGGGUCCCUGGAUGCAGCAGAUGCGCUCUGUUGGUGUCGAUCGCAUCGUCAUUGUCGGCGUGCCGGCGAGCUGGGCCGGGAAGAAGACUGUUGCGGUUGAGAGUGAGGGCAAGACUUGGGAGGCUAAGGUGGAGUUUACGCCUGCUGUGAAGGGCAAGGCGGCGUUUGCGGUGGUCAAGAAGGUGGGUGUGAGGAUUGGUGCGGACUGGAGGAUUGGGUUUUGA